GGCAGAACUGCCACUCAGGCAAGGGAAGCCACUCUGGGAGGGUCUCCUUCAUACACUUAAGUGCCUCUUAAGUUACACUGACGACACAGCAUGCGGGAGAUUGUCCAUAUCCAGGCCGGACAAUGUGGCAAUCAAAUUGGCUCCAAGUUCUGGGAGGUGAUUAGCGACGAGCACGGCAUCAGCCCCACGGGGCUCUACGAGGGCCAACACGAGAUACAACUCGAGAGAAUUAAUGUCUAUUACACCGAGGCCACAGGUGGGAAGUAUGUGCCCCGGGCGGUGCUGGUGGACCUGGAGCCAGGGACCAUGGACUCCGUCAGGGCGGGACCCUUCGGCCACCUCUUCAAACCUGACAACUUCAUCUUCGGUCAGAGUGGCGCGGGCAAUAACUGGGCAAAGGGACAUUACACGGAGGGCGCGGAGUUGGUGGACUCCGUCAUCGACAUCAUCAGGAAAGAGAGCGAGAAUUGUGACUGCCUGCAGGGGUUCCAGCUGACGCACUCCCUCGGUGGUGGUACUGGCUCGGGUAUGGGUACUCUCCUCAUCUCUAAGAUCCGUGAGGAGUACCCUGACCGCAUCAUGAACACCUUCUCCGUUAUGCCCAGCCCUAAGGUGUCAGACACCGUUGUGGAGCCCUACAACGCCACCCUCUCCGUCCACCAACUGGUCGAAAACACCGACGAAACUUACUGCAUCGACAACGAGGCUCUCUACGAUAUCUGCUUCCGGACCCUCAAGCUUUCCACCCCGACCUACGGCGACCUCAACCACCUGGUGUCCCUGACCAUGUCCGGCGUCACCACCUGCCUCAGAUUCCCAGGCCAGCUGAACGCCGACCUCAGGAAGCUGGCGGUCAACAUGGUGCCCUUCCCUAGGCUACACUUCUUCAUCCCGGGCUUCACGCCGCUCACCGCCAGAGGGUCUCAACAGUUCAGUAAGAUGACGGUACCGGAACUCACUGCUCAGAUGUUUGACGCUAAAAACAUGAUGGCUGCCUGCGACCCGCGCCACGGUCGCUACCUGACAGUGGCGACUGUCUUCCGUGGCCGCAUGUCCAUGAAGGAGGUGGACGAACAGAUGCUCAGCGUCCAGAAGAAAAACUCUGCCUACUUCGUUGAGUGGAUCCCUAACAACGUCAAGACUGCAGUCUGCGACAUACCGCCCAGAGGCAUGAAAAUGGCCGCUACUUUCAUUGGCAACUCCACAGCCAUUCAAGAUCUCUUCAAGCGCAUCUCCGAGCAGUUCACGGCCAUGUACAAGCGGAAAGCCUUUCUCCACUGGUACACAGGCGAAGGCAUGGACGAUAUGGAGUUCACGGAAGCUGAGUCCAAUAUGAAUGACCUGGUGUCUGAGUACCAGCAGUACCAGGAGGCCACUGUUGAUGAGUACGAGGAAGAGGAGCAGGAAGAGGAGGAUGCUGAGUACACCUACUAACAUGACCAAUAUAGUGAGCACGACAAACUCUACACCAGCGACCAGAACACGACGACCCUCUACACCAGCGACCAGAACACGACUAACUCUACACCAGCGACCAGAACACGACGACCCUCUACACCAGCGACCAGAACACUACUAACUCUACACCAGCGACCAGAACACGACUAACUCUACACCAGCGACCAGAACACGACUAACUCUACACCAGCGACCAGAACACAACUAACUCUACACCAGCGACCAGAACACUACUAACUCUACACCAGCGACCAGAACACAACUAACUCUACACCAGCGACCAGAACACUACUAACUCUACACCAGCGACCAGAACACUACUAACUCUACACCAGCGACCAGAACACUACUAACUCUACACCAGCGACCAGAACACGAGCAACGAGUUACAGAAUACAAGAACGCCAUUGAACAAGCACGCAAUGAACCCAUUGGUUAAAUUUGAGAAAACGACGUUGAUUUAACGUUGAGUCGACGUCGAAAACAUUUACUGGACGUUACUCUAGCAUGCUCCCAGUGGGCACGGUAUCCAAUAGUAACGUUACUUCAAUGUUCAGUCAACAUUAUCAUCGUUAAUACACUUGAUUCGGUGGUUUUUGGCAACUGGGAAGCAGAUACCAGAUACCACAAGACAUAACCAACCAAAAUACCAAAGAAACUAACACGACAAAAACCUUGAAAACCAAAAUACCCGAAAUAAGUGAAUACCAAAGGCAAGAACAGGUGGCCAGUGGGCAGAUCAUCCAAGAGCGACGUCAAGUCAACGUCGUAUCAAAGUUGGGUUGACGUCUAACCACCACUACUUGGUUGUUGUCCACGCUGAGGUAACUGUAAACAAAACCUCUGGGGAAGUGGGCCAUCCAGUGAACAAAUCCGGCUACCUAUGGAAGAACAAUGUACUAGUGAACACGGAGGGAUCCAUGGAAGAACAGCGUACCAGUUAACACGGAGGGAUCCAUGGAAGAACAGCGUACCAGUGAACACGGAGGGAUCCAUGGAAGAACAGCGUACCAGUUAACACGGAGGGAUCCAUGGAAGAACAGCGUACCAGUGAACACGGAGGGAUCCAUGGAAGAACAGCGUACCAGUGAACACGGAGGGAUCCAUGGAAGAACAGCGUACCAGUGAACACGGAGGGAUCCAUGGAAGAACAGCGUACCAGUGAACACGGAGGGAUCCAUGGAAGAACAGCGUACCAGUGAACACGGAGGGAUCCAUGGAAGAACAACGUACCAGUGAACACGGAGGGAUCCAUGGAAGAACAGCGUACCAGUGAACACGGAGGGAUCCAUGGAAGAACAACGUACCAGUGAACAUCCAGUGACAAAGCUGCACAGUGACGCAACUUUACCAAUGAACACAGGAAAAGCCUCGUGUUCAGGGGCACCAAUAUUUAUGAACACCAAUAAAAGCAAUAAUAGCCAUGUACCACUACAUGAAAAAAAGCCUAAAAAUUUGUUCAUGUUCCACAAAUGACAAAAUACUCAUGCAAUUGUUCAAUCCUUAAAUCAUGUUUAUUAUGACGAGAAUAUUUAAAGGAGUUUGUAGUGUUCCUGAUAUGACAACCCGUCCUCUUAAAAUGAUAGUGCUGAUACCAACUAUUUGCUGAAAUGUUCAAAAAUGAACUGUUGGUCUCAGAAAAGAUCCCGUUUUUUCAUUAUUUAGUUAGCCAUGAGGGGAACUUAGAAAAUGGAACGAUAACCAAAGAACCUUUACCUAUCCAAGCACUCCUAGGCCUAAUAUAUGAUAUCUUAGGCCUAAUAUAGUAUAUAUAUGUACUGUACUAGGCCUGGGAAUGGUUAAGUCUGGUUUUCGGCUUUCUAUUUUCGUACCCUCUCCAAAAUUAAUAGUACGAAACGAGAACAUUAUCGUCUGCUACAGUACAUUUGUGUCCUUUCGAUAUAGAUGUAAGGGAGACCUGAUAUAGAUGCACCCGAAGGACCACUCAUGUAAUGGGAAAAAGAAAAAAAGGAUAGUUUUGAUUCCUUGACGAAAUACCGACCCAAUGGUCACAUUUAUAUUUUACUUGUUGGUUUUGUAAAUUAUUAAAUACUUGUAAUGUUCUGUAUGUUGAUAUAGUUAAGGUGUCCUGCACCGGAUUUGAACCUUCUAAUAAAUUGUAAUUAAAGAAC